GAAAUGUUAUUAGAUGAAGAUCUUGAGAGAAUGAGUACUUGUGAACUAGAGGUGGAUAUCGUAGCUGCUGAUAUAUUGAAUAGACUUGAUGUUAAUGAUAACAUUGGUGUUAAUCCAGGUUUAACUGCGCUGUGGAACGAUGAAAAAGAACGGCGGCGACUGAAAGGUUUAUCUUCUCAGUGUGGGCUAAGUCAGUCCCAAGAAAGGGAAAAUCUCAUCUCCUCACCUUGUGAAGAAGCACUCAAGAACCGUUUACAGAAAAUUAUACAAUUCCAUCAAAUGUAUGGUCAACACACGACACAUUCUCAGGAUGGAGCCAAAUCUAGUCUAGACUCUGUAUAUCCAGCUUCUCUUGUGGAGUCUCAUUCUUUCACUGAUGACAGUAAGUUUUUGUCUUCUUUUUAAUCAUUAUUCUCUUCUUUGCAAGAAUUACAUAGUUUUAUUGACAGUUUUGUGAGCUACACAUUUGGUAGAAUGGUGAGAAGUUCCAACUUUAAUACCAGUAUUGUAUAAAGUCUUACUGAAAUGAAACACAAAUAGACACCAUGUCCACUUCAAAGCUAGCUGAUAACUAUUUGGAAGUACAAGGUACUUGAUUCAGCUUUCAUUCUAUGGCAAUUUGUCUUAACACACACCUCAUUUUCUAUCAGAAUGUGGCAUCUCGACCACAUCCAUUCCUUCUCUAUAUAUAUUGUCUUUUACUUGUUUCAGUCAUCCAAAU